AUCCGUCAUUUUCGUCUGUGUUCCGAUAUUCAUUUUCGUUUUCUUAGCCAAAACCUAAGGAGCCAGGAAGAAGAGAAGAGACUUGAAAAAUAAAUGCCUCCAUUGUUCCUCUAAAUGGAGUUCUCUCUGUAGUCUCUCUCUUCUUUGGAGUGUGGAAGUACGGUCAGAUUAACGGCGUUCGCCGCCGGAACUCGCACCGAUCAAGAUCGAAAGUUAUUUUGGGGGUUUCCUGUAGAUAAUCAAAAUGGGUGGAUCAGAUGAGAACAAUCCUGGUGUUUUAAGACCAGCAAAUUUUCAAGGUGGUCUUCGGAUGGGGGGAGGGAAGUUUGUCCCAGAGAUCGGACACAACAGGAGGGCUUUGAGCACUAUCAAUCGAAAUUUAGUUGGAGGUCCACCUUACCCUUGCGCAGUCAACAAGAGAGGCCUAGCAGAAAAACAUGCAACCUGUGAUAAGAAUCCGGUCAUUCCAGUUCAUCGACCAAUUACAAGGAAAUUUGCUGCACAGAUGGCCAACAAGCAGCAGCCUUGCCCCGAGGAGGUUAAGAACCCAAUCCCCUCAGUUGUGAAUCCAAGUGUUUCGGAAGACUGUACCAUCAUAGAUGUGGAUGACUACAAGGGGAAUAAUGAUUUCCCUGUUCCAAUGUUUGUGAAGCACACAGAAGCAAUGCUAGAAGAAAUUGAUCGCAUGGAGGAAGUUGAAAUGGAAGAUAUAGAGACUGAGGAGGCCGUGAUGGAUAUCGACGACUGUGAUAAGAAGAACCCACUUGCAGUUGUUGACUACAUUGGAGAUAUCUAUGCUUACUACAGAAAAACUGAGAGUUGCAGUUGUGUCUCACCAAAUUACAUGGAAAAGCAGUUCGACAUCAAUGAGAAGAUGAGAGCAAUACUCGUUGACUGGCUAAUCGAGGUGCACUACAAGUUUGAACUCAUGGACGAAACGCUAUUCCUUACUAUCAAUCUCAUAGACAGAUUCUUAGAACGGCAAACGGUGGUGAGAAAGAAACUUCAGUUGGUUGGGGUGACGGCCAUGCUCUUGGCCUGUAAGUACGAGGAAGUUUCUGUUCCUGUUGUGGAGGAUCUGAUUUUGAUAUCAGACAAGGCCUACACAAGGAAGGAGGUUCUUGAGAUGGAGAGACUAAUGGUCAACACAUUACAGUUCAAUUUGUCUGUUCCUACCCCAUAUGUAUUCAUGAGGAGGUUCCUUAAGGCAGCUCAAUCUGACAAGAAGCUUGAGCUUCUCUCAUUCUUCAUGAUUGAGCUUUCUCUGGUUGAGUACGAAAUGCUCAAGUUCCCACCAUCCCUGUUAGCUGCUGCUGCAAUAUACACUGCUCAGUGUACAGUUAAUAGGUUUAAGCACUGGAAUAAAACCAGCGAAUGGCAUACCAGUUAUUCAGAAGAUCAGCUCCUGGAAUGUUCCAAACUGAUGGUGGCUUUCCAUCAAAAAGCAGGAUGUGGGAAGCUCACGGGGGUGCACAGGAAAUACAGUACACAUAAGUUUGGUUAUGCAGCAAGAUCUGAACCAGCUCAGUUUCUAUUAGAGACCAGCCUCUAGCAGGUCAUGGGGUCAAUAAUUAACCACAACAGUGACUAACUUAUGUGAAUUCGAGUCUUUCCAAGGGGGGUGUGUGCAAAAUGUGCAACAAAAGUUGCCCUGGGGGAAGUCAAGUCUUGGUUGGUGUCUUUUGUUGCCAAAAAUAAUUUGUCUAUUUUACUUUCUGUGUGAACAUACAUACUUGGAUAAUAAUGUCACCUUUUUUUAUC